UAAUAUUUUGUUAGGUUUGGUCCAAGAAAAUUUGAUAUGGCAAUGAGUUCUAAUUACUUAGACGCAACUUUGAAGGAAACAUUUAGGAGGAGCCCUUUCAAAUUCGCUAAUACAAAGGUUCCUCAUGCUGGCCUAGGCGACAGUAUUUCUCCUAUAAAAGAAGUUCCUGAAGAAGAAGAAGUUCCAAAUGAUCCCGUCAAUAUCCAGAUUCCGUUCAUCGAAUCAGCUCUUUCCGCAUCUCGGCUUCGCGGAAAGAAUACGAACGUAUAUUAUGAGUAUAUACAAUUAAGUCAAGGAAUAAGCCAAGGUCGUUUAGAAGUCGUGAAGGACUUCUUGAACCAUCAUCCGGACUCAGUGGACGAAUGGAUAAACCUUUAUGAGACGCCAUUGUUAAAGGCUUGCGCGUGUGGGAAACCCGAGAUUGUUAAAGAGCUUCUGCGUCGUAUGACACCUGAACAAAUGCUUCCCAAGAUGAGCCAAAAUGCUUCGUACCACACGCCUCUCACUGUUGUUGCGGUUAGUGGAAACAUGGAGAUUGCUGAAGCCUUAGUCGCCAAGAACCCUAAGCUACUAGAGAUUCCUGGAAUCAAUGGACAAAUUCCUGUUGUGGUUGCGGUUGAGAAUACACAGAUGGAGAUGGCUCGCUAUCUUUACACCAGAACUCCAGUUCAGGUGUUACUUGCCGAAGAUGGGUAUCACGGUUCUUUGCUCUUUCUCAAUGCCAUCUUCUAUAAAAUGCUCGACAUUGCAUUGGAUCUGUUUAACAUGAGCAGACGCUUGGCCGUCACAAAACACUUGCAAAUAGAGUCGAUUCCCAUAAUUGUCUUGGCUUCAAAGCCAGAUCUUUUUCCUGGUGGCUGCUAUCUCGGACCAUUGACACGUUUCAUCUACUCUUGGAUACAAGUAAAGCUGCCAACUCUUCCACAGCCUUCUCGUUCAAACAGAGAUCAUCAUAAUACUCUGAUGGGGAGAAUGUUGAAAGGCCUCUCCAAAUGGACCGGAAUAGAUGAAGUGUACCGACUUAAGGUCAUGCAUCUACAAGCCAAGAAGCUUCUACGGGGAAUAUCAGAAGAAACACUGGCCUUGGGCUUGAAGGAACGUUCUGAGACAGUAGAUGAGGCUUUACUAUUUGCAGUGAGAUACGGGAAUGUGGAUUUCUUGGUGGAGAUGAUCAAGAACAACUCCGAGCUUCUAUGGUCCACGAGAACAAGCUCAAGCAGUACUCUGUUUCUCUUGGCCGUCGAGUUCAGACAAGAGAAGGUGUUUAGUCUCCUCUACGGUCUGGACGACAGGAAGUACUUGUUACUCGCCGACAAGGACUGUGACGGCAAUGGUGUGCUUCAUCUCGCCGGCUUUCCUUCUCCUCCUUCCAAGCUCUCUAGUGUCGUUGGGGCACCUUUGCAGUUGCAACGCGAGUUACAAUGGUUCAAGGAAGUGGAGAGAAUCGCUCCGGAGAUCGAGAAGGAGAGAGUAAACACAGAAGAGCUAACACCGAUCGAGAUAUUCACAAAGGAGCACCAAGGACUCCGACAAGAAGCAGAGAAAUGGAUGAAAGAUACGGCCAUGUCUUGCAGCUUAGUCGCGGCUCUCAUCGUCACGGUCACCUUCGCGGCGGUCUUCACUGUCCCUGGUGGCACCGACGACAAUUCAGGAGGUAAACCCUUUCACCUACAUGAUCGGAAAUUCAUCAUAUUCAUCGUCUCAGAUUUGAUCUCUUGCUUCGCCUCUUGCACCUCCGUCCUCAUCUUCCUUGGAAUACUAACCGCAAGAUACUCCUUCGACGAUUUCUUGGUCUUUCUGCCAACGAAGAUGAUUGCCGGACUUUCGAUAUUGUUCGUCUCAAUCGCGGCGAUGCUUAUAGCAUUCUCGUCGGCGCUAUUCACGAUGAUGGGUAAAGAGAAACGGAUCGUUGCUCCGACGAUCCUUUUCGCAUGUUUACCGGCGCUGUUGUUUGUUCUGCUUCAGAUUGGCCCUAAAAGUUUGAUAACGGCUUUGAGUUCUAAUCAUCACUUAGAUGCAGCUUUCAGGAAAACAGUUUGGAAGAACCCUUUCAAUUUCACUAACACAAUUAAGGUUCCUCGUGGCGGCCUAGGCGACAGUUUCUCACAUGUAAAAGAAGUUACGAAUGAUCUCAUCAAUUCCCAGAUUCCGUCCAUCAAACUUCACGAGAAGGUUACACAUGUAUACUAUGAUUAUAUGCAAUUAAGUAAAGGAAUAAUCCAAGGGAGUGUAGAGGAUGUGAAAGAUUUCUUGAACCGAAGUCCAGGCGCAGUGGACGAAUGGAUAAACCCUUACGAGACACCAUUGUUGAAAGCUUGCGCAUAUGGAAGACCCGAGAUUGUUAAAGUGCUUCUUCGUCGCAUGAAACCUGAACAAAUGCUUCCCAAGAUGAGCCAUAACACUUCAUACCACACACCGCUCACUGUUGUAGCAGUCACCGGAAACAUGGAGAUUGCCAAAUACUUGCUUGGCAAGAACUUUGGGCUGCUAAAGAUGCCGGGCAUAAAUGGACAGCUUCCAGCCGUGGUUGCAAUUGCGAACGGGCAUAAAGAGAUGGCUCGGUACUUUUACAUGAAAACUAUGCGUUCUCUGUUACUUGAUGAGGAUGGGUACCACGGUACCUUGCUCAUUAUCAACGCCAUCUACUACAAAAUGAUCGACAUUGCGCUGUGUUUUCUUUGCGCAAAGACACGCUACCUUGCCGUCACUAAACACUUGCAGAUAGAGUCGACUCCCAUCAUCGUUUUAGCUUCAAAACCGGACCUUUUCCCCAGCGGCUGCCGUCUCGGACCAUUGGAACGCAUCAUAUACGAUUGUAUACAAGUAAAGCUUCAGGCUAAUCCAGGUUGGUUUUAUCCAAAAAAAGAUCAGCAAACUACCCUGAUGAGGAGGCUGCUUAAGUGUCUCUCCAAAUGGACUGGAAUAGAUGAAGUGUACCAAGUGAAGGUUAUGCAUCUACAAGCCAAGAAGCUUUUAUUGGUAAUAUCAGAAGAAACACGGGCCAUGGGAUUAAAGGAACGUUCCGAGACAGUGGGUGAGGCCUUACUCUUUGCAGUAAUGUAUGGGAAUGUGGAUUUCUUGGUGGAGAUGAUCAAGAACAACUCCGAGCUUCUAUGGUCCACGAAAACGAGCUUGAGUAGAACUCUGUUUCUCUUGGCCGUCGAGUUGAGACAAGAAAAAGUGUUUAGUCUACUCUACGGUCUGGACGAUAGGAAGUACUUGUUGCUCGCGGAAAGGGACUGUGAUGGCAAUGGUAUGCUUCAUCUCGCCGGCUAUCUUUCUCCUCCUUGCAAGCUCUCUACCGUUACUGGCGCAGCUUUGCAGAUGCAACGUGAGUUACAAUGGUUCAAGGAAGUGGAGAAAAUUGUACCAGAGAUCGAGAAGCAGAGAGUAAACACAGCUGGACAAACACCAAUCGAGAUAUUCACAAAGGAGCACCAAACAUUGCGCCAAGAAGCUGAGAAAUGUAUGAAAUACACGGCGAUGUCGUGCAGCUUAGUCGCGACUCUCAUAUUCACGGUCACCUUCGCGGCCGUCUUCACCGUCCCCAACUACAACUCACACGGCAAACCCUUUCACCUACGUGAUCAUACUUUCAUCACAUUCGUCAUCUCCGAUCUGAUCUCUUGCUUCGCAGCUUGCACUUCCGUCCUCAUCUUCUUCGGGAUACACACCGCAAGGUACUCCUUCGAUGAUUUCUUGUUUUCGCUACCGACAAAGAUGAUCGCCGGACUUUCCAUACUGUUCGUUUCAAUCGGGGCAAUGCUUGUGGCAUUCUCGUCGGCGCUAUUCAUGAUGAUGAAUAAAGAGAAAUGGAUUGUUGCCCCGACGAUCCUUCUCGCUUGUUUACCGGCGCUGCUGUUUGUUCUGCUUCAGUAUCCUCUCCUCAAAGAAAUGAUCUUUUCGACUUACGGCAAAGGAAUCUUCGACAGGGACUUGAAAUGUUGGGUUGGUUGAAAGGCAUUGAACAAAAUAGACUAUAAUUA